UGUUUACAUUCAGAUAUAGUUAUUACAAAUUUUACUGUUUUGGUUAAAAUAAAAAUUAAGUUUCAUAUUAGUGGUUUCAGAUUUUUAAAAUGUAAAGUUUUCUCCUGAAAUGGGCUCAGGGGAUUCUUUUUAUAUGGAAUCUGGUGAUAUAAUAGACAUUCUAAGAAACGAAAGUUACAUAGCUGAUGAAAUUUACAUUGAUAUAAGAAAAAUUGAUGGUGUUUCAAAACGUUCUGUAGGCCAAUAUGACAUGUAUUUAAAAAGUAUGUCUAUUAACGAUAAUAAGUGUAAUCAAGAGAAGAAAGAGACUUCACGAAAGAUCACGAAGGAGAGAAAGCUUGGACAUAGGAGAGUGCAUAGUGAUGGAGGAGUGUCUUUUAAAAAUAUUAAUACAUCAAGAAUUAUGAAUUCCAUUCAAUUAGGUAUUCAAAGGUCUGUAGGCAUGAUUUCUACUAAUCCUGACAGAGAUGUGCUAAUGGAUGAUUUUAUGACAGUUGAGUCUACUAUAAUUCGAACAGAUGAGGUAAUGCAAAGUGCUGAGCAACAGGAGUUUUCACUCAAAACAUAUGCUCCUGUUGCUUUUAGAUACUUUAGAGAUUUGUUUGGCAUCAAAACUGAUCAUUUCCUGUCAUCUUUCUGUAAGGAUCCGCUAAAAGAGCUUCCUAAUCCUGGAGCUAGUGGUUCAGUUUUCUAUGUGACUCAAAAUGACGAGUUUAUAAUGAAAACAAUGCAACAUAAAGAAGCUGAAUUUUUGCAAAAACUUCUUCCAGGAUACUAUUUAAAUCUAAAUCAAAAUCCUCGAACACUCUUGCCAAAAUUCUUUGGCCUUUAUUGUUAUAAGUGCAAUUCAAAAAAUGUACGUACAGUGGUAAUGAACAAUGUGCUUCCGUCAUCAUUAAAGAUUCAUCAAAAAUAUGACCUGAAAGGUUCAACAUUUAAUAGGAAAUCCUCUAAAGAAGAGUGUGCAAAAGCUUCUCCAACUUUUAAAGACAUUGAUUUCAUAAAUCACCACCCUGAAGGAAUAUUUUUGGAGGCAGAAGCUCACAGAAGUCUUGUAAAAGCCAUCCAGAGAGAUUGUAGGGUGUUGGAAAGUUUCCAAAUCAUAGAUUACAGCCUACUUUUAGGUAUACACAACUUAGAUAAAGCUAAGAGAGAAGAAACUCAGAAUGAAAAUGAAGGAGUCGGUUCAAAAAAAGAAACCGUAAUAAAUGCAUCUGGUGAUGGAUGUUUAGAUGACGUAAACGAAAUCAUUUCAGUAGAUUCUGAGAUCCAAGUAAAAGAUGAAAAUACUUCUUGUGCAACAUUUGAGGUAAAUAAUGUCGACUGUGAUAUUGAAAAAAAAUUUACACUAACAGGAGUACCAGCACGGCAAGCAAAUGGAGAAAACCUUUUGUUGUUUGUUGGGAUUAUAGAUAUUCUUCAAAGCUACAAACUGAAAAAAAGAUUGGAACAUGUAUGGAAAUCUAUAGUCUAUGACAGUGACACAGUUUCUGUACACAAUCCUAGGUUUUACUCCCAAAGAUUCCAAGACUUCAUCACGAAAACUGUGUUUAAAACUACUCCUGUAUGUUCAGAAACUGCUAAAAAGAAAGCUGUGCUUCGAUCAAAACCAUAGUGGGUAAUAAACAGUUUUACUAUCUUUA